AUGAGAAACAGGGCCAGCAACACCUUGUCCAAGGGGAAAAUCCGUCAAUCAUGGAGCAAGUACAACUUGUAUAACCUGCAGCGAUUCCGAUCCCCAGGUACCGCGAACCGCACAUUCUUCCAGCAAAAAUGGACUGCCAAAGCCCUUGCCCGGGCCUACCACGGUGAACAGGUCCGCGAGGGUCAAUGGAAGCGCAUGUUCUCAAAGCGUAUCCGUAGCGUUUUCCCCAUGAACACUGCCGAUCUCGCCAUGGAUGAUGGAUCCAAGGCGUCUGCUGGCCGAGGAUCCGGUCUGCAAUCAGAGGGAAAGCCCGUCAGUUCGCGCUUGGUCCCCUAUACCCAGAUGGCAUUCGCUCCCCUGGAACGCCGAUUGGAUGUUGCUAUAUUCCGAGCACUGUUUGCUAGCAGUGCUCGGCAAGCUAGACAGUUUGUCAUUCACGGUGCGGUUACUGUGAAUGGCCAGAAGAUGAGACACCCCAGCUACCUUCUCAACCCCGGCGAUCUCUUCCAGGUCGACCCGGAGCGUGUCAUGUUCGCUACCGGUGCUCCUAAGACUAAAUUCGAGCGACGAGAGGCCCGCCAACUGAAGCAGAAGGACAGUGAGAAUGAAGAGGCCAAUGCCGAGACCGAGACCGAGACCAAGCCAGAGACCGAGGAGAAGCAAGAGAAGGAGAGCACCAAGGAUACCCUUAAGGCCUUGAUGGCCCAGGCCAAGACUAUCAUGUCGACAGACAAGGAUGUGCUCCCGGCAAAGCGCAAGCAGGAACUGCGCGGCUUCCAGAAGGCCGUGCGCCGUGUGUUGUCCCGCUCCGAGACCAGCACCAUCCUCACAGACAGCCUGGAAUCACAGUUCUCCGAGCUCACUUUGAUGCUAAAGGCGACCCGUGCUGAGAAGAAAUCCAAGGACAACAAGAAGUCCAAGGACCAACCAGCCAAGGAGGAGACCACUGUGGUACCCAAGGAAUCUGAAGAGGCUGGCAACAAGCUAUCGGAGGCCUUCCAGAAGGCUGCCGAGGGCGGCGAGAUUGACGCCUCUGAAUUGUCUGAUGAGGAAUUUGACGUCCUCCGCCGUGCUCUUACUCAGAUGCGUGACAACCCCAUUGACCACUCCAAGCCCUACGCCACCCCUUGGCGGCCACGAGAGUACAUGUCUGCCUUUGCUUUUAUCCCACGCUACCUUGAGGUCAACCAGAAUAUUUGUGCCGCUGUAUAUCUGCGUCACCCCGUUGCCCGCCCGGGCUCCGCGGAAGUGCCCACUCCCUUCGGCGAGUCGGUUAGCACCCCGGCCUAUGGCUGGUACUUGAGGAGACGGUGGUAG